GCAGCCGGCUCCAGACCCGCGGAGCCGCGAUCGCCGCUCAGCGUCCCCGCCAGGCCCGCCCCGCGCAGCGCCAUGAGCCAGCUCAGCUCCAAUGAGUCGCCAGCCCCCAGCCAGGCUCCUGGCAGCGAGGAGAAAGCCAAAGCCGGGAACGUCAAGAAGGUGGAGGAGGAGGAGGAGGAGAUAGACAUCGACCUGAACGCGCCCGAGACUGAGAAGGCCGCGCUUGCCAUCCAGGGCAAGUUCCGUCGCUUCCAGAAACGGAAAAAGGACCCCAGCCCCUGAGCAGCUCCGCCACCCCGUCCCCACAGUCCCCCAUCCCCCCUCUGCCAGCACAGCCCGGCUCGCCCCAUGUUUGCUCGCUCCUACCCAGCCCAGCUUGGGCUGUUGGUAUUUG